AUGCAACGCACUCCCGAGCCGUCUCCUUCCAAGCCUCGCAAGAGUCUUGUCUAUGAGGUUACUCAAAUCGCACAACUAUAUCCAGAACUUACUGGUUUAGCAAGCGAGUCGCCUCAAGACCCCUUGGCUACCACUCAUGACCUGGCAGCAAGCGUCGGUGCAGUGCAUGAUCAUCAGUACUAUUCUAACAACGGCAGGCGGAGGAGCGAGUCGAUGACAGGAUGGAUUCUCCAGACAUCCUUACAUUCACAACAGCAGACAUUCGCAGUAGCAUCGGCGUCCACACUCGGAUCCUCAGUCCACUCCCUCAUCACAGACCACAGUGCGGAUGGCCAAACUGACCAAAGUCUAAGCGAAGAAAACUCCGACUUCGCAGAGGGCUAUUCCUAUGCACAGAGUAUAACCAGCCUAAUGAACCGGUACAAAAACCACGGAGCCUUCUGCAGACUAAAGACCACAUUCAAACGCUUCCUCAACUUCAGCAGACGCAGCAAGGCACCCAAGCGCGCGUCUACCAUCAAGUACCCAGAUGACAACUCAACACAUCUUCGCCCUUUCGGUGUGUAUCAAAACUGCGUCAGUAACAGAGCAUUGGCCGCUAUCUCUAGUGAUGAAAGUCCAUUCACCACCAAUCAGCUUCUACCCCAAUCUACAUUCCACACGCCCCGUCCCCUACCCACACCACCAGCCCAAGCCCAAGCAGCACAGUCUUACAUCUCCGCUUCCGACCCCGAUGACCAGACCCCCAGCUCCAGCCGUAGAUCCAGUUUCACACGAAACCUACAUACGGCGCUCCUCUACGCCACCCACACGGCCCCUUCAUCCGCAUCAUCCCCUCCCUCAUCCGCCCCCUCGGAGCAAGCCUACCCCGUGCUCGAAUCCAGUUCAGCACCAGAACACACAAUCGUGCCCACAUACGACGGCGACUUUUCCUGGAUGCAACAGCAUAUAAUUUCCGCAUCGCCGUCGGGAUCUCCGGCGUCGCUUGCCGUGCCUAGGGUGCGCAGUGUGGGGAGGAAACAGGAUGGACAGAGUUCCCAGGCCCUGGAGGAAGAUGCGUCGGAUGCUUGGAUUACGGUUUCUAGGGCGUCGGCUGAUACGAAAUACAGUUUGUCUUGA